CACUAUGCCCAGUCAAAUCCAGAGAAGCCACCUUGGCUACCCAGCAAUCCCCUAUAAAUAGCACCUCGCGUGGAACAACACGGUAACUACACAACCCUUUCAUACCUAAACCUCCAGAAACCAGACUUGCUAGCUAGCUGCUAGCUUUGUCACCUCUCUUGCUCCAGCUCCUCUAGACCGGCCUCUACGCAUUCUUCAAGCUAGUUUCUAGAUUCUGUCAUCCAGUAGCUAGAGUCUCACAGCCCUGAAUGGACUUCGACAUGCUGAAUUGCACCCCGGAAGCGCAGCUCGAGCUGAUGAACGCAAUGCUACAGCUGGAGCAGCUCACUGCAUUCCCUGGCCAGGGCGCCAUGACGGUGCCUUCGACUCACCCUUCGUCGUGCAUGCAAGCUCCUCAUCACUUCUCCUCGGUGCCUCACAUGUCAGGCACCGUCGGCGCCGCCUCCAGAGACCAGUGUUCCCAGGUAACUGCGGCGUACAACGACAGCAACAGCUCGAAGUACGUGGCGCAGGCUCCUGCCGCCGGUGGGGACGGUAACACCGUGGGGUCAUCGGCGAUGCGGGAGAUGAUCUUCCGCGUCGCGGCGCUGCAGCCGGUGAACAUCGACCCGGAGAUGGUGCGCCCGCCGAAGCGGCGCAACGUGCGCAUCUCCACGGACCCGCAGAGCGUGGCGGCGCGGAUGCGGCGGGAGCGCAUCAGCGAGCGCAUCCGUAUCCUGCAGCGGCUCGUCCCGGGGGGCACUAAGAUGGACACCGCGUCCAUGCUGGACGAGGCCAUCCACUACGUCAAGUUCCUCAAGACGCAGGUGCAGUCACUGGAGCGCGCUGCCGCAGCCAGUGGCCGCCGCGCGGCGCCAUCUGCGGACAACGGCGCCGUGCCCUACCCCGGGCACCUGAACGGCCCGUGGUAGAUCGAUCAACCACACCCUCCCGGCUUACGGUCCAGCCGGCAUGCAUGCCGUGUCAUGAUCAUUAAUCGCCGUUGGACCUGGAGCUUGCACGUACUACGAUGGACGCGCGCGUCGGCAGCAAUUGUACGAUCACAUGUGUAAAGCAAGAUGUAGUAGCUGGCUGGACGCCUUCCAUUUUACUAGCUAGUUAUAGUAUUACCGCGCUUGCAUGCCUGUGAUUGGACUCGCAGCGCAUAAACGCAUGUAAGCUUGUACAUUGUACGCAUCUCAUCUUAUGAAUGUGUUUCCAUUCGCUAC